AGUCCCUCACCGCCUAUCUCAUGUAAAGGAAAAAAUGGCGACGAGUGUACUGCGGCUCCCGCUGCGGCUUUCCACCAGAAACGCGGCGUUAAUGAGCCGUAAUACCGGCUUGAAAUCAUCAAACAUAUCCAGGACGACUCCGAUCCGAACCGCAGUAUCAACGCCUUCGGGGGCAAUACUACCGAAACCGGAUAAAACACCAUUUGGUCUUAUCCGCAUGACAGUAGUGGUGGUGCCUUUCCUGUAUGUGGGCACUCUGAUCAGCAAGAACUUUGCAGCUCUUUUGGAGGAGCAUGACAUCUUUGUCCCUGAGGACGACGAUGACGAUGACUGAGCUACCUUCAGAAAAAAAAUGGGUGCUUUGCAAUGCUGAAUAAAAAGCAUACCAGCCGGCACAAGGAAGAUGGGGAAGAUGGGGCACUUUGACUUCCAAAUACAUCCCUCUACCUCCGCCCAUCUCCCUCACUCUGUCCAUUGCUACUUAUUUUGUUUUCAUUGAAAUCAUUUAAGAAAUCUCAUAUCAUGUGAGGCUAUCAAAACUACUAGUUAUGCCCUCACUCAUUUGCAUGUUUGUGUCUGUCAACUCAAUAAACAGAGUCAAUAAC